AGAGACAAAUGUAUGAAUAGUUUAACCAGUAUAUGCUUGAGGGGCUAGUGUGUUUUUCAUUCCUGUUAGUGGUGGUGUGCAGACCCUUAGUUUACCUUUUAAAGGUGCUCUCUCUCUCUAGUUCAUUAUCUAAUUGAGGAACAGUGUAUGGUAUGACAUAUUCAGAGUAAACACUAGUGGUGAUAUGAUCAUUCUGGGGCAAGGAGAGUUAGAGAAUUAUAGUUACAUUUUUAAAGAUGAAUACUAAGUAUUUUUUAUUGCGUUAACAUUUAUAAAGUAUCUCUAUCUGUAAGAGAUUCUGGCCUGUCAGCUAUUUUUGUUCCUGUCUGUCUCUUGCUUUCACUGUUUUAUGAAAAGAGCCACAAAAAGGAAGGAAGGAGCGAGAGUGUCACAGAACGACAGAGAGAGAAAACGAGAAAAGAGGGGAGGGACGGAGGAAGAAGUGAAGGUGAAAAUGGUUCGGUGGUUCCACAGGGAUAUCUCUGGCGUGGAGGCUGAGUCUGUUUUGAAGAGCAGAGGCGUCCAUGGCAGCUUCCUGGCCCGACCCAGCAGGAAGAACCAGGGAGACUUCUCUCUCUCUGUCAGGGUGGGUGAGCUGGUGACCCACAUCCGUAUCCAAAACACAGGGGACUUCUACGACCUGUAUGGAGGGGAGAAGUUUGCCACGCUGUCCGAGCUGGUGGAGUACUACACUGCAGAGAACGGGAUCCUGCAGGACAAAGAUGGCACCAUCAUCGAGCUCAAAUACCCCCUCAACUGCUCCGACCCCACCACCGAGAGGUGGUAUCACGGACACCUGUCAGGCCCCAACGCAGAGAAGUUGCUAUGGGAACGGGAUGAGCCAGGCACCUUCCUGGUGCGUGAGUCUCUGUCCAAACCUGGAGACUUUGUUCUGUCUGUUCUGACUGAGGAGAAGAGCAAGGCAUCCAGCGGAGGGAGGAGGGUCUCACACAUCAAGAUCAUGUGCCAGAAUGACCGGUACACGGUGGGAGGCAAGGAGAUGUUUGACACCCUGGCUGACCUGGUGGAGCACUACAAACGCAAAGGCAUCGAGGAGAUGUCUGGAACCUGGGUGCACCUCAAACAGCCCUACUUCUCCACCAGAGUGAAUGCAGCAGACAUUGACAGCAGAGUGAGGCUGCUGGACCAGACGGCGGAGAGAGAGAACGAGGGAGACAAGAAGAGCAAAGCAGGAUUCUGGGAGGAGUUUGAUGCCCUUCAAAAGCAGGAGUCGAAGGUGAAGAAAAGCAGAGAAGAAGGGAUGAGACCAGAAAACAAAAGCAAAAACCGAUAUAAGAAUAUCCUUCCCUUUGAUGAGACCAGGGUCAUUCUGUUAUCUGGAGACCCCAAUAUCAUUGGCUCAGAUUACAUCAAUGGCAAUUAUCUGACAAAUAAGCUGCAGGAGCCUGGUGACCAGAAGGUGUACAUUGCCUGUCAGGGCUGCCUUGCAACAACUGUCAACGAUUUCUGGCAGAUGGUGUGGCAGGAGAACACAAGGGUCAUUGUCAUGACAACCAGGGAGGUCGAGAAGGGACGGAAUAAAUGUGUGCCAUACUGGCCAGAAAUGCAGGACUUCAAAGACGUGGGGCCGUAUGUGGUCACCAAUGUGUCUGAGAGAGAUGCCACUGACUACAAGAUCAGGAUAAUGGAGAUCUCCCCUCUGGACCAGUCGGACUCGGUCCGUACUAUCUGGCACUACCAGUACCUGAGCUGGCCUGACCAUGGAGUUCCCGAGGAGCCAGGAGGGGUGCUCAGCUUCCUCACUCAGGUCAACGCAAAACAGGACGAGUUCCUCGACGCCGGGCCUAUGAUCAUCCACUGCAGUGCUGGAAUAGGCCGAACUGGCACCAUUGUGGUGAUCGACAUGAUCAUCGAGACCAUCAACACUAAAGGUCAGGACUGUGACAUAGACAUCCAGAAGAGCAUCCAGAUGGUGCGAGACCAGCGGUCAGGCAUGGUGCAGACUGAAGCCCAGUACAAGUUCAUCUACCUGGCCGUCUCUCAGUACAUAGAGGCCUCCAAGGUCUCCAUGAUGGCCUACAACAAGGGAGCUGAGACAGAGUAUGGGAAUUUGCAGUUCAAACACAAGCCUGCCAGCCGCCAGGUCUCCAAAAACAAGGAACAGGAAUUGUAUGAAAACCAAGCCAAAGGAAAGAAAGACGUGAAGAAGCAGAAAUCAGAGGAGAAGAAGAGUCGCUCAGUGAGAAAAAGAUAAAGGAAGAGAGGAUGAGAGAGCUGUGUCCUGAUCAUUUGAUAUAGAAUUUGAUAUGAAGUUUUUAUUUUUAAAGAUUUAAAGAGUGUUUUUUUAUUUCAAAAUAUAAAGUUGAUGUCUGUGAUAGAAUUAAGAUUAUAAAGCAAAGUACUACUAGAUUUGGGCCCUGGGCCCCCUGCACCCAUGCACAUGGUAAUGGAUUGACAUUUUUGCUGAGAAUAAAGGCUCAGAGUAA